GAGACCUCCUGAUUGAACAUCCUGUGCUUAGGAAAUUAUAACGUUGGCACUAAAAAGGAAUUUGAAUCUCAGCCGAUUAAAGCAAAAAUUAAUGACAAAAACUGAAACGCGAGUAAGAUGCGCAGAAUUCGAGAGGAUUAGUGGCCCCCAAAAGCCAAUGGUUAAAAUUGACGCCUAUAUAGGAGCGACAAAUGUUGCAAUACUAUCUUCGAAGACUAACAUUCUAUCCAUAUAUUCCAUACCCCCUUAAUGACGAUAAAUUCAUACCGUUAUAAAAUCACUAAACUUAUUCUUCCCAUAAAUUAUUUAAAUAAUCUUUAAAUUAAAAUUUAAAAAUUUUUUUUAAUAUAGAUUUCAAAUUUUAAACUUGUUUAAUCGUAAAAAAGACAAUAAUUAAAUUAAAUUUAUUGAUUCAUUUUAUGGCCUUUAAAUUUUUUAUAUUUUCAGUCAGUCAAAAAAAUUCUUUUACACUAUAAAAAUAGUUAGACAAAUUAAAAUUAGAAAAUAGGAAAAAAUCAAUAUCCUAUCGCUAUAAUCAUCCUAGAACUACCGCAUAUACUUUGAUUAAAAUUUCUGGAUUCAUAUACCCUAUAAAUUACGAGUAAAAAAAUGACGAUAACCUUAUCCCCGUCUCCUAAAUCGAAUAAAAAAUCUUUACCUAUAAAUCAGAAAUCUAUAAUGAAUGGCAAAGACAGAGAAGAUAAAAAAAGUGGCUGUGGACCAGUCGGCAAAAGGAACCUACAUCAUAAAAAGAUGAUUUGUAAAGCCAUGUUGCUGGACGACUCUGUUGUGCCAUUUCAAGUUCUGCAUAAAUCCGUUGGUAAAAAUCUUUUAGACGAAGUCACUCAAAGUUUGAACUUGUUAGAAACGGAUUAUUUUGGACUGGAAUAUGCAGAUCAGGAAAGCAAUAAAUGCUGGGUAGAUAAUGAAAAAUUAAUAAUAAAUCAAGUAGACAUGUCACAUGAUGUCAUCUUUAAAUUUUGUGUCAAAUUUUACGCUCCAGAUCCAACUCAAUUAGAGGAAGAAUAUACACGAUAUUUGUAUUGCCUACAAUUAAAGAGAGAUUUAUCAGAUGGUACCAUGCCAUGUUCAGAUAGCACUUCUGCCCUUCUAGCUUCAUAUAUAGUUCAAGCUGAUUGUGGGGAUUAUUCUUUCGAAGAUUAUCCUGAUCACACUUACCUGUCCGGUAUCAAGUUUUUUCCGCAGCAAACGCCUCAACUUGAAAAAAUGAUUAUGGAAAAUCACAAAAAACACGCUGGUCAGACUCCUGCGGAAGCAGAUCUAAAUUUUUUGGAUAUCGCUCGAAGAGUUGAAAUGUAUGGAAUUAGGUUGCACCCUGCCCAGGAUCACGAGGGUGUAGGUUUAAAUCUAGCCGUCGCACAUACUGGUAUUUUAGUAUAUCAAAACAAUAUACGCAUAAAUACCUUUUCCUGGGUCAAGAUUCGAAAAUUGAGCUUUAAACGAAAAAAGUUUUUGAUUAAGCUUCACCCGGAAGAAUAUGGAUACUACAAAGACACCGUCGAAUUUUAUUUUAAUACACGAAAUCAAAGCAAAAACUUUUGGAAGAAAUGCAUCGAAUAUCACACGUUUUUCAGGGUUGCUAAUAAUUUUCCUGUAUCAAAUGAAAAGUUGACUAUUAGACAUAAGCGAACUAAAUUAUUUAGUAAAGGAUCCUCUUUCAGAUAUAGCGGAAGGACUCAAAAAGAAGUUAUUGCAUUUGUUAGAGAAAGCGUAAUUAAUAGACAACCAUUCACAAGAUCUUUAAGCUCACACCUUUCAAUAAAAAGUGUCAUAAGCCCAAGUAUAAUGGCUCAUACCAUUAUAUCACAAGCCCGGCCUCAAAUUUCCGUUUCCUCGCAGCUCGAGAGUGAUAAAAAAUAUAAUAUACCAGCAUUGCUUUCUGAUACAGCACCAUUUGGUUCGGUUGAAGCUCAGCUUAGUAAAACAUCAUCCACUAGUGGCAGCCGAAUGCUGGAUACCUCUGCAGAUGAUAUAUCCCCUACCCCUUUAACUAAUACAUUAAACUUCAACAAUUCAUCUCAAUCAUCACGCUUGGUGACAUCUCAAGUUCUUAGCCAAGAUUUAACAGUUGCGUCAUUACAAAAUAAAUUUAUGAUGAAGGAUUCGAAUAAAGCUACGAGUUUACAAUAUGUAGCAAAUGGUUUUAAAAUGGAUGAGAAUUAUCAUGUAUAUAGACCUAAAUCACGGUCUUUAACCACUAAUCAACACGGAGAGCUAGUUUUUUUGCCAUCACAAGUUUCUACAACAAUUUAUGAAAAUUUAUCACAUAAUCAAUAUUCAAAUCUAUAUGGGCCCAAUAUGGAAAAAAUUGCUAAAUUAGAAGAUGAUGAACCAUAUGAUUAUGAAAUAGAAAUGCUCAAAUAUCCUGAAAUGGCUGAAGACUUAUCUUACACAAGAAAAAGUAUGUCAAAAUCCCAUAAAUUAUACGAAGAGCAAGCAUCUAGACCAAUUAAUCAACGUGUGACUCAAGCAGAAUUGCUUAAUCAAUUUAUGCCACAUUUGAAAAAUAUCGAAGAUUACAAACAGUAUUCACAUCCACAAUUUACUUAUUCAUCCUCUGGCUCAAGCUCUAGAAUACAUUCGCAUCCUGCUCCUAGUAUAAAAUAUGAUCCGACUACAUUUUUAGAAGUUUAUAAUCACCCUGCUAAUAGAAGAUUACCACAACCACAUUCCACUGUAGAACGUUUAAUAACAUUUAAAGAUGGAAAAACUAAAAGCCAAUCUCAUCAAGCUCCUUAUUAUUAUUUAAGAGACUCAAAUGAGAGCAAAGAAGAAUCCGCCCCAGAAGAUUAUAAAAAAAGAUAUUUGCCCGAUCAUACAGUCAAGCAAUUAUCUAGGUUUAACACAAUCGAUCAGCCAUAUCCUUAUACGCAACCAUAUAAAUCAUUCAAUUCUUAUAUCGCUAAAGACGAAAAAGUUGAAAUUAAAACUCCGAAUGUAAUGGUUACCAAGAUAGUUGAAAAAGAUCAUAGUAACAGACGAUAUGAACGAGAUAGAAGAUACGAAUAUAAUAAUGUAUCUUAUGAUUUCGGUGAUAUUAAUGGUUUUCCUUUCUCCACCUUGUUGUCAGAAGGCUUAAAAGUAGAUACAAAAACUCCUAUAUUAAUCUACCCGUCACCGACAAGGAUCAGAAAAAUGGAAAAGAAAAAAAGUGAAAAAAAGAGCCAGCUUAUGGAUGAUAAAAAUAAAGAUAGGAAGACAUAUAUAAAAUUUAUGUCAAGCAAGGAUAAUGGAAUACCAUUUUCUUUUACAUCUUCCUCAUCUGAUUCUAAUUUAUCAAAGUCCUCAGAAUUAUCAAUUUCAUCUCCCUUAAGCCCACCCGUUUAUCCUACUCAAAUACAAAAAACAUCCUCAUCUUUUCACUCAAUUAGUAAACCCUCUGGGAUGAUGAGAGGCUUGAACAAUGUAAUGAUACAGGAACAACAACGCAAGCUACUUCAAGAUGAUAUUCCUUAUGUUUUACAUGUAAGACAUCGUUUCAAACAACCUCAUCACUCGAUUAAUACCAUAAACGAUCUUUUAAAACUUGGUGCAUUUGAUAAUAAAACAAAAAUGGAUCGUUCUAAAUCUAUGAUUCAAGCUCAUAAAUUUUUUAACAAUUAUCCAACUAGACAAAACUGUAGUCGACAAAGUAGUUCAGAGUCAUUUGGUUGUUAUGAUAUAAUGGCGCAAGAAAAUUUCGGAGAUUAUAAUUAUAUAACUAAAGAGUGUUCUAGUCAAAUAUCAAAUGGUGAUAUUUGGCAACAUCCACUAUAUUCCAAGGACAUUAUUUACGCUAGAUAUAACGAAUACCAAAACGAUAAUGAUAUGUCGCUUAAAGGUUUUUAUGCUAACAAAGUAGAUGGUGAUGGCAGGAAAAAUAAGUCUUCCAGCAUACCAAAUCUACCUUAUAGAAUGUCGCUCGUGUCUCCUGUUAAAAAUUCUCACUUGAGGUCAAAUAAUACACCAUCUCCUAUUUUGAAAACCAAAUUUACUCCAAAUACCAACAUAGUGACAAUUAACAAUCGUAAAGUAGGAGCCAGCCUAUCUCUUUCAGAAUUGCAUUCCUCUAAAAUGACUAUUCCUUUACCACUACAACAUAUGAGGCGGAGACACGGGACAGAAACCGAAAUUAACCUACUUCCUCACUUCGCUUUUGACCUCGUACGCCUUAAUCGGCUUCCAGCGAAAACUAGUUUCUCUAGCCUUGACCAUACUGGCGGAAGCAUUAAUGACCCUACCCUCCCCCCUCCACCUAAAACUUUAUUUACUCGUCACUUUACAUAUGAGGAAGACAAAGACAGCGAUGAGGAAGAACAAAGUCAAGAAGCGGCAAUACUUGCGGCUUUGGCGCGAUCAGAAACCAACGUGGCAGCUGGUGCCACUUGCGGUGCACAUAAUCAACGUCAGAUUCUUAGGCGUUCAGUUUCAAACCCUGCACCUCGAUUUGUAUAUAUAGAUGACUGCCACAUUGACAAUAAUUACUUUGAAGGAAGAGAAUUAAAUUGCAGUGUUGUUAAAAGUGAAGAUAUAAAUAAUGACGGUAAAAAAAAGAAAAAGAAGAAGGUAGUUCGGAAAAGACGACAGAGUCGAAGUGGAUCCCAAUCCCAUCGUGGGAUAUUACGUGAACCUCGCUAUGGUGCAAUAAACGACUUGAGGCGGCACUCACCUACUCUUCCCCCUUCCUUAUCAUCCUCAUCAUCUUCCUCUUCUACUCCGCCUCCCCAGGCCGCUGCUUCCAUAUCGAGGGAACUAAAAAGAAAUUCAAAAGUUUCUCCGGGCCCUAAUAAUUACUCAUCAUUAAAAGAUAAUACUUCUGUCACAGAGGGGGACGGUUACUCUGAUAUAACUAUUGUUUAAAUUAGCAUUGUAACUUCUCAUAAAAGAUGCUAAUCAAUAGAUUUUAAUAUAUCAUUUUCAUAUUUCCAGUUCCAGAUAAUAUGACAAAUGAAUUAUACACGACAGUUUACUUCGGCCUACAAUUUCAUCAAACUUAAAUAACUUAAAAUAUUUUAAGAUGCAAUCCAAAUAUUAUAUUAUGUUAAAAUUAAUGAUAUAUAUAUAUAUAUAUAGAUAUUUUAUAUAUUGAGAUAUACUGAUCUCAUAUUUUUAUAUUGAGUAAAUCUUAUAAAAUAUACUAUUUGCCUUGAUCUAACUUUUACAU